GGCAUCGUCACGGUCACGGCCGAGCACCCCCAGGUGUUCACUGUUGAAGAAAUGAUGCCCCACGUCCAACACAUGAAAGGCGCUCACAGUAAAAACCUUUUUCUUAAAGACAAAAAGAAGAAAGGGUUCUGGCUGGUGACUGUUUUGCACAACAGGCAAAUCAGUUUAAACGAUCUUGCUAAAAAACUGGGUGUCGGAAGUGGAAACCUAAGGUUUGCGGAUGAAAAUGCCAUGCUGGAAAAACUCCACGUGGGCCAGGGCUGUGCGACACCCCUUGCCCUCUUCUGCGACCAGGGAGAUGUGAGGUUUGUGCUGGAUGCUGCCUUUCUGGAAGGUGGCCAUGAAAAGGUGUAUUUUCAUCCAAUGACAAAUUCUGCAACCAUGGGCUUAAGCCCCAGCGACUUUCUGAAGUUUGUGAGAUCAACAGGCCAUGAUCCAAUCAUCAUACAUUUUGACGAACACAUGAAGUAGAUGCUGUUUUCUGUCACUAGGAACUGAUUUUGUAGAGCAUAAAAGCAAAAUUGGUGAAAGUCUCAUUACUUAAAAGUUUUUAAAGUUCUGUCUCCUUACCAUUAGUAAAAUUGCCAAUUAUGUUUCUACUUUUUAAAAAAUUGUGUUUAUAUUGUAUAAUCUGGUGUGAAAAAAAUACUGUCCUGGUUUAUUAAAUGUUUUAACAGAGUAUCUUUUGAUGGUUUUAAGUUUAUAUUGGAUAAUCUGGCGAGGAGAAAAAAAACACAACCGUCUUUGUGGUAUUAGAUGUUUUAACAGAGUAUUCUUUACAAGACAAGACAUGUUUGCAAUCUGCCACUAAGUAACCAGUAAGUAGAGAAGGUGUUAUUUAAAGGAUGUUAUAGUCUUUAUUAAUAAAAUGGAGAAAUCUGGAGCUUUCUGGUUGUGGUACUGGCCUUGAAGGUUUAAACUUCAAAGAACAGUAUCAGGAAAUAACAAAUUAACUUCAAGUUCUAAAAUAUUUGUCAGUACACACAGGACAGAUGUUUAGAUUGUGUACCCGUACCCAUUCAUCCCCUGCUACAUACUGCUUUCUUUUUAUUACUUUUUACCUAGAAAAAAUUUACCAUUUGCCUAUGCUACGGAAAACGCAUUUGAUUGUCUAUGUUUUUAGUUGCGUUUUCAGUCUCCUCCCCUUGGGAGAUGAUGUAACCUGCUGGUAACUGCCCCAUGAUGAGAGGCACAGGCCUUGCUCAUUUUUAGAGCCCCCCAUAAGGGGCAGGACACCUGGUGUCACCAGCCAGCCACAGCUUGGGGGGAGCCAGGUUGCUCCACGGAGUAACAUUACUGUGGGUUCCUGACCCUGUGUCGUUUGUCAUGGGGACAGCUGGCACAGCUCAUCUCUCCUGCCUCAAUGUAUAAAAACCCUCCCAACAUUGCAUGUUGAAGGAAGAAGUGGCAGAAAUUGUGCAGUCCAAUAGACAUACUGUGGUAAGCAGAACCCCCACAACACCUGAAGAGGGGAGAGGUGAAAGUGAGGGACAAAAUCUGAAGAUGACGGGGAAAAAGGCUUUCGAAUGGACCCUAAUGGUCAUGUACAAACUGUGCCACAAGGUAAGUGGUAGUGUCUACACAACGUGGGACAGAAUGGAAAUAAAGAUUAUGGAA